AUUCAGAAGCAACAAUAUUAACAUAAUAAUACAUUUAAGGACGGGUCUGUUUUACCUGCUGCGGGGAGAUGGUCGGCGGCCGGCGGAAUGGCGGAGGAGGCAGGGCGGCGGCGACUGUUGCACGGGCAGCGGCGGGCGGAGGCGAGGCGGCUGGGCGGCGCUGGGCUGGCGGAGGCGAGGCGGCUGGGCGGCGCUGGGCUGGCGGAGGCAGGCGGCUGGGCGGCGCUGGGCGGGCGGAGGCAGGGCGGCCGGCUGUGGCGAGGCGCCGCUGGCCGGAGGUGGGGGGUCGCGCGACCUGCGCCUGCGAGAAGAAAGGUUGGGGCGGAAGAGUUUGGUUGGGGACUGCGAGAAGAAGAUGGAAAAUGGGGGCGGCUGAAGUAGGGUUUUGGGGGUGAUGGGUUAAAAAAAAAAAAAAAAAAUUUGCUUCUGUGGGGAUUCGAAAAGUGGUCUGUUUUAAUGAAAUCAAGACCACAACCAGUAGGAAAUCCGUGUGCAACAUGUUUAAGAAUCAGAUCCAAAGCUAUAAAUUGUUGUUUCUCAUAUUUGGGCCUUGUUGUGCAACUCUGAUUCACAACAAAAAAUAAAAACCCAACUAAACACGAUUUUUUUUCUUGGUUUUCCAAAUUUCGUAAAACACAACAGGAAACAAAAACAAGCAACAAUACUAAACGGACCCUUAGGUGAAUGAGCUCACAUAAAACUGCCCACGACUGAUUUGCAUCAGGGUUUCGAUUGCCCAUCUCUCCCACCCGCUCAACACACAAACGGCGGGCGACGACGGAGGAGAUUCAGCCUCCUCACGUCCCACUCUCCCGUUCGUCCUCAACUUCUCCUUGCCCCAACGUUUCAUCAACCCAGGUUGAGGUCUGAUAGAUUUAAAAGGAAAUUGGGGGUUUACUAUUUCCCAUCGGCUCACAGCAGGAGACGACGACGCUAAGACGGGCGGAGAAAACCAGUUCCACUUCUACGGUGGGAAACCACGGCAACUUACGGUGGCACCAUUGGCUGCAUUUCGGUGAGUCAACAACUUGAAUUUGAAUCGAUUAAACCUUUUUUUUUUAAUCAAAUACUAUUCUCCAGUAAAUGCUCCUUUGUGAUUCAUCGCGAAUAGUUGAAGAAGAAACCUGUUGUUUCCUUCUUCCCUUUCGUUGUCCUGUAUGCUGUGAUUCCGUUUUCCAAUUGUUUCUUGCCGGUAUUCAGUUGCAGAGCUGACUGGAACUGGAUAGAGUCUUCAAUUGGAGAGCUGAUUGGUGAAUCAAUGAAAAACCUUGACCAUAUCUUAUUCUAAUGUCCAGUUCCUCCUUUUGAUCAACAUUAAUGGUCAUUUACGCAUUUGAACUAUGAAAAACCUUGACCAUAUCUUAUUCUAUGGCCAGUUCCUCCUUUUGAUCAACAUUAAUGGUCAUUUAGGCAUUUGAACUUGGGCUAAAUGAUUCUGUAGAGAGUCGGACUCUGGGGUUUCUGGAUUCCUUUCCAUGGUCAUGCAGAGGAUUAAUGUAGCGUGGUGGAUGGGAUGGAAGUAGUAGUAUCCUUGCAAAAAUAUGAAAAAUAUUCUAACAGUACAUCUCUUUUUUGUAUAAACAUUAUUUUUUUCAUGGUGCAUAAAUAAUUGGAAGGGGGAAGUUGCAAAAAAUUUAUAAUGAUCAAUUUUAAAUGUUUGAUUGUUUCCGUCUUUGUGAUAAUUAAUAUCAUUCCCCAAGUUACAAGGUGUUCGAUCGAUCUGUCCCAAGCCUACUGAGUUGUCUCCCAAAAGAACUAACUAUCUUAGUCCUUUUGUGAUUUGGUUCUCAUUAGAAACUAGCUUACUGCUAAGAAGAUUAGCUUAUUCAACUUUUAUUGCUUAGAUCACUGACUAGCAUUCCCCUUAUGUUAACAGGGUUUUGUUUAUGGAAGGAAGAAUACAAAUAGGUAUCGUAUCAGCCUACCAUUAGCCUAGGAUGUUGUUUUUCUCUGCUAUUUUCAGUUUCUGGCUUUGGUUUCAAAACCAUGGACCUCCAUGUUCUCUUGGAAAAGUGGCAAGUUUGGUUUUAGUCAGACUAACCAGUACCAUCUCUUUUAACUUGUCCCAUUUUAGCAGCAAGUGGGGUUGUAUCGUAGACUGUUAAUUCAAUUCCUUACUUCCCAUAUCAUUCUUAUCAUAGAAGGGGUUAAUCAAAUGUCUUUGAGCUGAGAAAAGUCGAAUCAAAUGAAAUGAAAGGAUGUUAUGUAUGUCAAGGGCAUGGGAUCCAAAUAUUAUCCAGGGUAAUUCUUGAGUGGAAACUCAUAUGGUUAGAAUUUUUGUUUUCUGUCUGUUGUUGGAAGUUGGAACAAAGUACUGUUUGCUGCUGCUGCUUUAUUAAUCUUGCUUUCAAGGGAAAAAUUGGAAAUGUUUUGAAAAAUAUAUUGUACGCCUGCUAUUGCACCAGAAUUUUGUUUGGUUUAGGGGUCUGAAAUUGAUUUUGGUUAUGAUUACAACAUCAUGAAAUGCUUUUUCUAGGCGUUGAAAAACUUGGAGAUGGCAACAAAGGUGUAUUGGAGUACCAAGGAGCGAUUACCUUUCAAAGUGAGUUCUUGCAGCAACUAUCUGCCAUUUGUAAGUAUUAAAGUCCACUAGAAUGAGUGAUUUGAUUUUCUUGCUUAAGUUGUUUAUGGAUUUAGAAAAUCAAUGCAAUUCGGAGGACUACCAUUCUCCGUAUCAAUUUGUGGGGACAUAUUUCAACUUAAUGGGCCUGAAGGAUUAUAAAGACUCAUAGUGUGUAGUUAGGCAACCUCAGCUGGGUAUGGGGAGCAUUUGAAGGAUUCAGUGACGGAUAUAAGGCUCUACUUCUCCAAAUUGUGACAAAAACCACUUAAAUGUACACAGCUAAGCUAGCUACUGUCUGGAGUCUUUUUCUAUCUACACACCCAUCCUAACGUAUAUUUUGCAGAUAAACUAUCUUACUUUUACCUUGCUAUAUCUUAGAAAGUGUGGACACAACUUCUAUUGUCUGGGAAUAAGUCAGUUUAAGCUUAAACCUUUUUUGGUGCAUAACUAAGUCAGCUAGAACAUCCUUCUCCCUUACAUGUUGCUGAACCAAGUUAAGGGUGUUGCAUGUCGAAUGAACUGAACCAAUUAAAUGCAACUUACAUAUGUGCAUUGAUUAUGUUGUAACCAUUGUAUGAGGUCGACCGAAAAGUGCAUGUCACCGUGACAUGCAUGUCACCGUAGCAAAAUCCUAAAAGUUGUUCUCAGCACACUUUGUUUUCUACUUUCUCUGAAGCGUAUUGCAUUUUCAGUAUUAUUCUCCUUUUCAGUUAUGCCGGAUUGUGAAGUUGCAAAAAAAUACAUCUUCAUAGUUAUGUGGCUCAAGUUAUUUUUUAAUAAGAUAACGGAAACUCC